CUUAAUUAAAAGGCUAUCUACUCACCUGUAAUCGCUAAACCAUGUUUUAUAUCUUUACUUUUUUUUUUUUUUGCUUAGAGGCUGGUGUAGACCUAGUAAUGUAGGCUUAUUGUUUAAAGGACGGCGGGUAGGGGUUAGGAUUGUCUGUAGGCUUUCUGUUUAAGGCCAGCAGGUAGGUUAUUUAAUAGCUAAACCAUGUUUUAUAUCUUUAAUUUUUUUUUUUUUUGCUUAGAGGCUGGUGUAGACCUAGUAAUGUAGGCUUAUUGUUUAAAGGACAGCGUGUAGGGGUUAGGAUUGUCUGUAGGCUUUCUGUUUAAGGCCAGCAGGUAGGUUAUAUGACUGUCAUUGGCAUUAGGUCUAUUGACUAUUGUUUAAAGACCGGCAUAAAUUAUAGAAAAUUAGAAGUUAACUCUUUUUUUGUAACACUUGGGCCCACCAGGUAUUUUCUCAAGAUACCCGGACCUAGUGUAAAAUUACUGAACCCAUUCAAGCCAUAAUAUUCUUUACUUUAAUAAUCUAUAUGAUUCAUAUAUUCCACUGUCCCCCCUUCCCUCUAACUCUAUCAUUCAUACUCAUACCCUUACUCCUCGAUCACCACCAGUCCCCAACUGCCUCUCCCACCUGCACCACCACUCUCCCUCCACAUAAUCUCUUCAUUGCCCGAAAAAGCCACACAACAACUUUACCCCACACCCCCCACCUUAAAAAAAAUGAUUAUAAGUCAGAGACAUCCAAAUUUUGAACAAUGUUAACAAGCACCAUUGGCAUCUAGAAGCAAAAAAAAAAAAAAAAAAAAAAAAAAAAAAAAAAAAAAAAAAAAAAAAAACAAAAAAAAGACAAGAUUAAAAAGCGUUUAAAUCUGAGAGUUUUUUUUAAAAACAAGAGUCUCCUUUUAAGGAUUUUUUUCUGUGACAUUCACGUGUAGGCGUAGGCCUACAUAUAAUAAUUAUAUGCUUUAGUUAUAUUUAAUAACAACAAAAGCUCCGCUCCACAUCCAUUUAGUUCAUAUUCAUAUUCCUUUGUUGUAGCAAAGGUCCUGAAACUUUCUGUCACCGGGUGCAAGUAAGGACGCGUCAAUCUUUCAUGUUACGAGCGAAAAUGUAACCUUUAUUUUACCGUAUAUUUGUUUUCGGACCAUGUCAUAGUCAUGUGGUUGUUUUUAUACCAAAAAGUCUAUUAUAGUCAAAAUCCUCUUCACGUUGUGACGUCGGUAGCCAUUAGCUCCACCCAGUUGCGUAGCGUAUAGUUAGAGUGUUGGUGCCGCCCGGGACGGGGCAAGAUGUUAGCUCUCAUCCCCUCACAAAAAAAAACUAUGCAGUUGGCCGAGUUGGUCAAAAAUGGCUCCGACAGGUGUGGACCGCUCCCUCCCAACCCACCCUUCCUACGCCAGUCCCAGUCUAAUCAAUCUAAAGUACAUUCAUUUUAAGGUACGCUGGUCUAUUUAAUAUGAACAGUCUUUAUUAGAAUGUUAAUAAAUAUCAAAAUAUUUGUUUGAUAUGAAGAAGUUUAAUUAUUUUUUUUUAAAUCUUAAGCGUGCACUGUUGACGUCUGGUCAUCCAUUAAUGACGUCACGCAGCAAGAGUGAGCAAAAAAUGUGUGUGGGGGGGGAUCCGGUGUGUUAAAUGGGGUGACUAAAUUUUGUAGCAAAUUUGUGAAAAUUCGACGUGGGGAGAGAGGUCAAUUUUUUGUCAAUAUAUCUUUGACGUCAUUUAAAUUUAACGGUUGAGCUUCUUUUCUUUUUUUUUUUUUUUUUUUUUUUUUUUUUUUUUAUUUUUUUGGAUCCGGUGUGUUAAAUGGGGUGACUAAAUUUUGUAGCAAAUUUGUGGAAAUUCGACGUGGGGAGAGAGGUCAAUUUUUUGUCAAUAUAUCUUUGACGUCAUUUAAAUUUAACGGUUGAGCUUCUUUUCUUUUUUUUUUUUUUUUUUUUUUUUUUUUUUUUUUAUUUUUUUUUUUUUUUUUUUUUUUUUUUUUUUUUUUUUAAAUUCUAUAGUGAUGUCUGAUAGUCAACUAGCGAAUGCGGGAUUUCUUUAUUCCGAAAAAGCUGACGUAACGUAGAAGGAUAAAUUGCCUAAACGAAUCGCCCUAUUUAAGUUGAUACAUCUAUAGGCUAUAGGCCUACUCAUACGACACUGUUAGUUUUGACCUAUUCUUAUCGCUGAUGGGUGAAGUUGGAGGGUCAGGCACUUUCGUUUUUCUUUUCUUUUUUUUUUUUUUUUUAAACAAAAAAUGUAAUUAAGUUAAUUAAGGAAGGUGAGCCAAUAUUUGAUGAGCAGUGCUUCCCAAAGUAUUUGGUAUGCGGUACAAAGUUGAAGAACUUUAUUUAAACUACCGCAGAGACCGGUGCCCUAUUUAAUCGGGACGUCAAUUUUAUUCGAAUCUUCUUUGAUGUUCCCCAAAUGGCGGACCGGUGAUUUAGGGCUAGUGACCUAUACCUGUCAGUCUGUAUCAGUGUGGUUCACCUCGUCGUUGAAAAAUGGAAUUGACCGAGCAGGAUAGUCAAAUGUUGAUACUAGCGAAGGAAGGGCGUGUGGAGGGUUUACUUAUGGUAACCAGACGUCCAGGGCUCGCAUCACCCGUCCCCGAAAGGUCAGGAAAUGUCCCGGCCUGUGGCGUUUUCCGGCGAACUGCGUACUUUUCCCCAGACAUGGGACAAUAGGAGCCAGAAUGAUCAAUUCAUUGAUCAUUGAUCGUGGGCCCUCAGAAGAAGAAGAAUUGCUCCCACUCUGUUCUCAGAUUAAAACAACAUUAUGACACUAGAUAAAUCGUGACGGAAAAUGGAUACAUUGAAACAUAAGCUGGUUGUCAAAUGCAGUUUAAGUGAUCCAUUUGAAAAGUUGAAUUAUUAUAUGUUAUUAUUUGUAAAAAUCCUGAUGUCCUGUUAGCUAUCCUCUCAUCUCAGAAAUAUUAGUGUGUAAUGAUUAUGACAUUAAUAAUUACAAUUCACUUGUUGAUGCUUCAUAUUUAUGACAUUUAUACCCCCCCAGAUCCCAGGUUACGCCCAGAAAAAUCUUGUCACCGUAUGUUGCUUAAACAGUUUUAAAAUUAUAUAAUAGAUCUAUAGAAAGUGGCGUAUCUCGGUUUUGUGCCUCCCGCGGCGGAUACAAUUUUUUGCCAACACACUUCCAUUCUGCAGCUGGCCAAAAAUUCCGUCCCUCAAUCUACAGAAGAAAAAAAAAUGCUUCCCGGGAGGACCACCCCCUCUGAAUCCGCUUCCUAUGCCACUACCUUUAGGUAGGGCACCCCCUCUGAAUCCGCUUCCUAUGCCACUACCUUUAGGUAGGGCACCCCCUCUGAAUCCGCUUCCUAUGCCACUACCUUUAGGUAGGGCACCCCCUCUGAAUCCGCUUCCUAUGCCACUACCUUUAGGUAGGGCACCCCCUCUGAAUCCGCUUCCUAUGCCACUACCUUUAGGUAGGGCACCCCCUCUGAAUCCGCUUCCUAUGCCACUACCUUUAGGUAGGGACUACACUUGAAACAAAAUGCUUUUCUUAUCCGUCUUUGAUAUUUUUUUUUAGCAUAUGUAUAAGUAUGACCUAUGACCUGUGAUGCACCCUCCUUGCCCUGCCUCAUUUUCUGUCUCGGGUUAAUCCUGUAAUAUAGGCCAAAACGUGCCAAAGUUUCCUCGUUUUAUAGCCAUUUUAAUUGUUUCUAUAGUAUAGUAGUUACUACCCUAAUGUCUUAUUUUUAUUGUAGUUAGUUUACAUGUUUUUAAUAAUUGUAAAGCGCUUAGAGCUUUAAGGUAAGCGCUAUAUAAAAAUGCCUAAAUAAAUAAAUAAAUAUAGGCUAUAAUUUAUAUUAAUGAUUCAUGCGUCUGUGGUCCAGAAAACUUUUUGGUUUUCCGGAUGCACGUCAGAGUCAAGAGUUCGGUCAGAUAACGCAAGCCCCGUGUCCUAUAAAUAAAGGUUAGAUGAGUUGAAAUAUCCGCUUUUGUUACACUAGCAUGGCUUAGGCAUGCUAACGAAGAAUUGUCAUAUCCCGUACAGCUGACAGACCCUGUCACUGCUACGUCUACGCCGUUCGUUACGUAUAGGCAUAUACUUUAAUAAACUACCUACACAGACGACACUGAGAACUUUGGUGAGUUUGAAGAUAACCCUUUACGACUUGUGUUGUUAAAUCAGCGUAAUAACUUAAUAUUAUAUAGCAUUUUAUUGUGACUAUAUUUUCUAUAUUUUAAUCAAUUAUAAUUCAAUGUAAAGACAUUUAUUGUGAAGUGCUAUAACGAUAGGACAUUCAUAGGAUGUGACUGUGAUCAUUGCAGAUAUUUUCGUUUGACACCGUUACAGUAAGUCCCAUUCUGUUUGAAUGACAAACCAAACUCUAACUAGCUAAAGAACUUGUACUUGUAUACAUUUCCCACGGAAGAAAGUUACCGUCUUAAUUAACUUGAUAAGACUCUUAUCGUUAUUUUAGUUUUAUUGUUAAUACCAAGUAGGCCAUACAAAAUUGCAAAACUAAUUAUUAAUAUUUCAGCUUGCCAGUUUGCAUACUAAUAUUUUUUUUAAAAGUGUAUUAAUAAGUAUACUAAUAUCAGGUCCAAUUUUUUUUUUUUUUAAAUGAACUUGCACUUUUUACCAAUGAUUUAAAAAUAUUAAAUCUCCAGACUUAAAUAUAAUUUUUUUUUUAAAUUAAAGGUAAACAUUGUACUUCAAAAUAUAAUAAGAUAAGGUAUAUGCCCUAUAGACUCUCACAUUAAUGAUUUUGAUUUAUAUUAAUUUAAACAAUCAAUGAUAUCAUAUAUUGUUGUUUAUUCUUCUCAGAGGCUAUGAGUAACAAUAAUUAUAGAGCUCUUUAGUUGAAACUAAGAUUUUUGUGUGUAUCUAAAUAUUGAGCCCAAUUCUACCAUUCACGAGACAUUUUUUUUACCUUUACUUAUAAUUUGUAAAUAUUUUUUUUACCCUAUGCAUUUAUCUGUUUCAACUGUUUGAUUUUCACGUUUUUAAUUGAUUAUUUGGAUGAUAUUUAAUUGAAUCAAUGCUCUGCAUUCAACUACAAUGUAGAAUUUGUAGGUUUAUCUUAUAGCUAUAGGUUGGGCCAGAAAAUAGUUUGUCUCAGAUUUUGUGGCAUUUUAAUUAAUUACUUAGCAACCAUAUAUAUUAUUGUUUGUUGUUGAUUUAAGUUUUAGAUUUUAUUUUUCUAUAAAAAUCUAGGAGUAUGCUUUAACAUAGAUCAUCACAAUGAACCAUUUGAAGAAAUUGACUUCAGGGGUACAUAAGAAACUCUCUGGAUCUUCUGAUGCUGAGCAAAAGUUUAAAGUACCAAUGCACCCACUGACCCGGGAUCCAACCAAAGCAUGGGAAAAACUGAAAGUAAAACAGGUAUAAUGAUAAUAAUAAUAAAAGUCUCACUUUUUUAAAAAGAAUGAAUCUUUUCUUCUUCUUCUUCUAUAUAUUAAGGGCCCACGAUCAAUUUAUUGAUCAUUUUGGCUCCUAUGCAUGUAGAAGGGAUUUGCAAUGUUUCUGUGCCUGGUGCUGAUGAGGAUAUUUCAUUGAUUACAAGUGCUACUUUGUGAAGGAAUCAUGCAAUGGGGGUUGGAAGGCUUGAGGCAAUAGACAUAAAUGUGUCUAGUGUUGUCGCCUCAACUGUUUCUUUUGAAAGCUUGUUUCAGUCCCUAAUUGUCUUGGGCAGGAAUGAGCAGCUCCUACACUGGCUUCUUGCAGGUAUGAGCCGGAAUUGCCUGUCAUGGCCUCAUCGCUGUCUAUGGGGGAGAGGGUCGAGUUUCUGUUUAAUACUGGAACAGUGGACCAGCCCAUUAUUUAUUUUGUACAUCAUGGAGAGCCUGGAUUGUCGUCGUCGUUCCUCCAAUGGUGACCAGCCUAGUGUUUCCAGCAUACUGCCAAUACUAGAGGUAUUCCUGUAUCGGUUCAGGACAAAGCGAGCCAACUGUUGCUAGACCGCCUCCAACCUGUCAAUGCUCUUCUGGGUAAAUGGGUCCCAGACUGAAGAUGCAUAAUCUAAAAUCGGACGGACAAACGCUUUAUAUGCUCUUUCUUUUACACAGGAGUUGCCAAUCUUCAUGUUACGUUUUAAGAAUCCCAGGGUCUUGUUUGCUUGGUUACAUACAUUUUUAAUAUGCUGGUCCCAGCGAACCUCUCUUUGAAUGGUAACACCCAGGUACUUUACUGAGGAAUCUGUCUCAAGUAUAUGGCCAUGCAGUUCGUAUUGGUAGUGUAGAGGAGUACAACUUCUAGAGACUGAUAGUGUCUGGCACUUGGCAGGGUGAACUUCCAUGUCCCAGCUCAUCUCCCACUCAGCUAACCGAUUGAGAUCUUGUUGUAGCUGGUCCUGGUCAGAUCUGUUGGCGAUCGUCCUAUACACCGCUGUAUCAUCUGCAAACAGUCUUGCUUGGGAUGUCAGUUUCUCGGGUAGGUCAUUUAUGUAUGCUAGGAACAAACAGGGGCCUAACACUGAUCCCUGGGGGACCCCUGACUUCACAUUCACAAAGGAGGAGCUUGUACCAUCCACCACUACCGCUUGGCAUCGGUGGCUGAGGAAGCUAGAGAUCCAUGUUUUAGUGGUGCCUUGGAUCCCAUACAUCUGGAGUUUGUGUAGAAGCAAACUAUGAUUGACACGGUCAAAUGCCUUUGUGAAGUCCAUCACCAGCACAUCAGUUUGCUUGUGGUUCUCCAGAUUGGUCAUCAAGUCUUCUACAAAAUCAAGGAUCUGGGUCUCACAUGAUCUAUUGAUUCUGAAGCCAUGUUGACAAUCAUUGAGAAUAUUUUGGCUUUCAAGAUGCUUCAUGACUGUGCUUAUGAUUAUGUGCUCCAACAGUUUGCAGACCACGCUGGUGAGAGAUAUCGGAUGAUAGUUGGCAGGGUCAGAAGGCUCCCCUUUCUUGUAGAUUGGAGUGACAUGCGCUGUUCUCCAGUCUGCUGGAACAUUUCCUGUGCACAGCGAUGAUUGGAAGAGGAUUGUCAGGGCAGGAGCGAUUUCUUUGGCUAAUUCUUUGAGCAAUGGAAGUUUGAUGUUGUCAGGACCACAUGCUUUGAAUAGUUCAAUAUCUAAUAAAGUUACAGCUGCUUUUAUAACUAAGUUUUGCCAAUUUUUCCAAUGCUAAUUUAAAUAAUUUUCAGAUUGUGAAAACUUUGGAACCAUUAGACCCAGGUACGCCCAUCUCUCCAGACAAAAUUCGUUUUGUGUUUCUUUCUGACACACACAGUUUGGUGGAAAAAGUGGAUAACUUUGUUCCCCCCGGAGAUGUUCUUUUGCACGCUGGCGAUCUUACUUCAGUUGGCCUACCUAAAGCCAUUCAGGAUUUUGACAGCUUUUUAGGUAGAUUAUUAUCCUAUUCAUUUCUAAAAUAAUGCUUUCUGAACAUAGUUCCUGAUUGAAGAAGAAACUUUAGAAUAUCUAACUUGAAAUAAGGUGAAAUCAAGCAUUCAUUCAAGGAUAAAACUGGCAAGUGAGUUAGGGCAUCAUACAUGACAUAGAAAUACAAUAUUUACAUGGCACCUUUAGUCAAUUUACUUAAGACAUUUCAAAAAAGUUCUGAUAAAUUGUUACAAUAUGUAAAAUGGUUCUGUUUUCACCUUACAAGAUCUUUUGUUUCUUUUUUUUUUGUUUUGUUUUAUCAGCCCGUCUGCCAUUUAAAGUCAAGAUUGUAAUAGCUGGAAAUCAUGACAACACACUUGACGAGGAGAUGGUUAAGAAUGUAAAUCUUUUGAGAACAAAGUUCAUGAUACAGGUCUGUAUUGAUAACUGUGCGUGGUAUAUGUGACUAAUGACAGGGCUGCAGGGCAGAUUUUUCUACUGUUUUGACACCACCAUUUGCAAGCGCAGUGGUUUUCAUGUGAGAGUCCACAGACUGUUGUCGGUCUGCUGAAACUGCUUGUGGUCUGCUUAACUCUAAUGAAUAAAAUAUUGAAAUUAUAGUUUACAAUUGUAUUUAAAAAUUGUAGUCAUCAUCAGUGACGUUAGAACCCUUUUAGGACCCUGGCCUGCUCCACCACUUCCUUCCAUUCAGAUCAAUCCACAGCUUUCUGCCUCCAUGGUUUUGUCCUUCUCUACAUUGUCAAUCCAUCUUAGUCUUGAUCCACCUAUCCACCUGUCCCUACUUUUCUGCCUGCAGAUCACAAGAUCAUUUAUCACAAGACCAGCUUUAACCAAAGCUCUUCAAGUCCAUUGAAUGCCUUAAUUAUAUCAAAAAUGAUUGCUAUGGGAAUAACAUGCAUAUAGAAUUUGUGACACUUCGUGACGGGUGGGGAGGGUCCAAAAAGAUUAUUUUUAGCGUGACAUAAUUUACGAACGACCCCUUACAAAUGCAAGGGAAACCUAACUAAUAACAAUAAAAUAAUAAUAUAAGGGGUUUGGAUUUCUUUCAAACUAGUCCAAGCAUUUAUCCAUUUUGUUACAUAGCAGUUAGUGGACACAUGUGGAACCAAAUUAAAAACUUGGUCAUUAGUAAUAUGAAUAAACUGUGGUAAGAGGCGAAUAGACCUAGCAUAUUGGCAUAUUUAUAUACAUCUUGAACCUUUAACAAGCAUAUGUCAAUAUUUAUCACUAAACUAUUAUAUUCUAAGGAUACCACAUGGCCUUUAAGGAAUAAAGUUACACAGAAGAAACAAAUAAUUGAAUCCCAUAAUUUGCAAUCUCAUAAAUAAUGUUUCGAAUUUACAUCUAUUGGUUACUACACAUUUUUUGCCAGAGAGCACAGGCAGUUUACAUUCAGUCUACAGUUAGGGUAACCCAAUAAGUUUAUUUACUUUCACACAAGUGGCACAUAUGUAUACAUUUACUUCUGCUCUUAAUAGAAACAUAAUUUUGAAGACGUGUUGGAAGAGUUGGGUGUUAAGUCUAGCAGAGAACUUCUAAAACACUGCAUUUAUUUGAUGGAUUCAAGUAUUGAAAUUUGUGGCAUUAAAAUCUAUGGCUCUCCAUGGUAAGUAAUGUUUACAUCUUUUUUAAAAAUAUUUUUUGUUUAAGUCAGGUCUAAAAAGUUGGAAUCUAUGGGGCUUUACAUUUGGGCAUGGGCCUGAGUCUUAGUUAUAAAAAUUUCUACAUCUCGUGAUUUUAUUCCAUUUUUCAACUUUUUCUGUUUUACUUAGUAAGAUGACAAAAAAUGUAUUUGAUAUUGAGUAUGCAGGUGUCUUGCAUGUCCUAUUUGGGACAGGAAAGCUCGCCUGCAUGGAUGGCAUGUGUUUUGGCAUCUAAGGAUAUUGGAGGCAAUUCUUCUUUUCCACAAUAUGCCUUUUCUUUGAGCGUGGGCGGUAUGUUGACUCUCUGAAGAGUGUGUUCCAAUAGUGAGUCAACUUUCCAGUUUGUGCGAUUCAAAGAAAGUGUUUUCCAUGAUCCAUAGAUAGUAGAGAAAACAAUAACAGAUGGAUGAGACAAUAAGGAUUGAAAGGGUAUGAAGGCACCAAGAUAUUAUUAAUCAGGUGUCCCUUUCUGAAAUAACAUAGUUCACAAAUCAGGGGUCUUUUUCAGGGCUCUGAAACACCACCGGCAGAGCCAUGUCAUAAAACUCCCAUACACAGUUAUUAUUUUUAUUUUUCAUAUUAGAAUUCUUUAAAGUUCACUAAGGAAGUGGGCACUGCAAACAGUCUUUUUUCAUUGUCCAGUAUCUCAUUGGAAUAAAGUAGCCUCCAAAUUGGUGUAAAGUAUGCUAGAAGAGAUUUAGUGGAGUCAAGACUGAUAUUCAUUGUGAUGCUUUGUGGCCUGUGUUGUAAGAAGACCGCAGGCUCUUCAAGGAUUCAUGUUUAUAAAUCAGUUCCUUGAGAUAUUCCGGUGCUGAGCCAUCUAUGCAGCUGUUCGCCAGGGAAAAAAUUUUGUAGUUAAGGCGCUCACUCACAGGAACCCAAUGGAGAUCUCGUAGAACUGGGGUGAUGUGGUCAGAUUUUUUCAUCCACGAUACAAUGCGUGCCGCAGUAUUUUGUAUCUUUUGGAGUCUCUGAAUUUGGUUCUGAGGUAAACCCCAUAAACAACUAUUACAAUAAUCUAAUCUUGACUGGAUUAGAGUUAUUGCUACAGCAUUGGCUGUUCUCCUGAGUUGAGGAUGCAGCUGACCCAGGGCACGCAGAUGACAGAAGCAUGCCUUUAUUGCUGUGUCUUAAAUAAUUUUGAAAACCUCUUCUAAAAAGUUAGCUAUUCAUAUGAUGCAGGCAACCUGAGUUUUGCUCUUGGGCUUUCAAUCUACCUCGGGGAGAAGCUUGUUUAGAGAAAUGGGACCUUAUACCUGAAGACACAGACAUACUGAUGACACAUGGUCCUCCGCUAGGUAAUCCUUAUAGAUAAGGAUUUUUACAAACUAAAUUGUAAACACAUAAAUUUAAAAUUAUAUUUCACCAAAAUUUUUCAAUAAAAUGAGAAAUCCUACCUCGGAUGUUGAGAAAGAAUAAUUCUUGAUAACAUUAAAACUUGUACAAAACAAUAACAAAUAUUUUGAAGAAGUGUAUUCUUUUUUUGUAUCUUCAAAGAAAACAAAUACACUGGACUAUUUUAUUUAAAGAUAACAAAGCAGCUUUUUAAAAUUUUUCUUUUUAAAAUUGUCUGUUGCUUUUCAACUGUUCAGGUCAUGGGGACUUAUGUAGUAAUAAACUCAGGGCAGGGUGUGUAGAGCUUUUGACAACAGUACAAACACGAGUCAAGCCAAAGUACCAUUUGUUUGGACACAUACAUGAAGGUAUUUGUUAAAAUUAUGUCUGUGCAAAUAGUUUAAGUUGUAAAUGGAAUUAAUAAAGAAGUUAGUGUCUUUUUACAUAAGAAUGUCACAUCUGGAGUACUGUCAUGUUACGCAAGAGUUUAGUAAUUGCCCAUACUUGUUUAUUCAACAGGAUACGGUAUCACAACAGAUGGGCAGACAGUUUUCAUUAAUGGAUCAAAUUGCACUAUCGCCUACAAGCUGAAAAAUAAACCUAUUGUAUUUGACUUUCCGAUUCCAAAAGGACAUUACAAAUCUGAACUAGAUAACCUGCCAGUUAACAAUUUGCAGUUGUAGUAAAGGAUUUAUAGCUGAUUAUUUUAUCAUGUAAUCUUAUUUAUGCCUCAAUAUAUUGAUAAAAUAUUUGCCUUUUUAUCAUUUUAAAAUACGAAUAAAUGCCUAUAACUUAAGCCUACCAUUUUGAAAGUUUAUUUAUAGAAACAUAAACAGUAACAUGAAUGACAGAUGACAUAACCAACACUCAGAUGUCUGUAGCGUUAACAGAAGCUGAACUUCUUGUAAGCAUAUUUAGUGUCAGAUAACAUGGGUUUCCUAACUAUUUAACAGUUGGUCACUUGACUCCUUACCUGACAAUAUUCAUAUUAAUAAUUGUGCUUUUAAGAAAUUUAAGAGGAUAUCAAUUACUAUCAUUGAUAUUUAUCAAGGGAAUUUUUUUAUAAACAUUAAAUGUCCUGGUUUAUAAAGUGGCAACCAAAGCAAGUUUUGUGCUUUACGUACUUCUUAAUUUGCAAGUAAUCUGUAAUUGUAUUUUUGUCACGUUUUUUUUAAAAACAUUUUUAAUGAGGUAACAAAUUCUAACUUUUUCAAUCUGUAUUUUACUGUAAUUGUUCUAUUUCACAUUUUUAAUCGUCUAAAUAAAUUAAUUGGUAAAAUGUACCUGAAAUAUCUACAUUAUAAUGCAAAGUAUGCUAUAGCCUUUUUUGUGACACAUUCCAGUUAUGUCUUAAGCGCAUUUAUUUCUUUGUCUUUUGAUGUAAUAUUUUUUUAAAACUCUGUGAUACUGCCAGUAAUUUAAAUGGCAAUGAAUAAAUACGUUUU